GCCCUCAUUCUAGCCUCUCAUCGAUGAGCUGCCAGUCCUGUUAGGUUUCUUCACACGUGUACAUUUACUGUAUAUUUACUCUGCUUUAUUUACGAACCGAACGGCUCUGGACGGCGGAACACUGACCAAGCCAUCUAGUCUAGAAUGUCCCCCGCUGCUAGACUUAGAAAUGGUUUCGAUGUGGAGGAGGAUGCGUUUUAUGCCGCUAAAGGUGACAGAAAGACUCGCAAACCUAUAGUCGAGAAAAAGAGGCGAGCGCGCAUUAAUGAAAGCCUGCAGGAUCUCAGGACUCUACUUACAGAUAACGAUUUGCAGACAAAAAUGGAGAAUGCAGAGGUGCUUGAACUAACAGUAAAACGAGUUGAGAACAUCCUACAGAACCAUUCUAAGGAGGCUGAAACUGUGAACCGAGAAGCCAGUGAGAGAUUCGCAGCGGGUUAUAUCCAGUGCAUGCAUGAGGUGCACACAUUUGUGUCCUCAUGCCCGGGCAUCGACGCCACAGUGGCUGCAGAGCUACUCAACCACCUGCUAGAGUGCAUGCCAUUAAAUGAGGAUCACCUUCAGGAGAUGAUCAUAGAGCUCAUAUCAGAGCCUUCCUCCUCUAGUCGACCAUGGCCAACUGGAGAGGUGCUAAGUCCAGGAGGCCACAGUGUGUCUGACCUAUUGUCAGAAAUGUCCCCAUCCCCAUCCAAUCUUUCUAGUGAAGACCUCUGCUCUGACCUAGAGGAGACAGAGGCAGAAACAAGUCCUGCAGCAGCUGAGGACAACCGGAACUCCUCCAUCAUUGCACACUCUAAGUUUAUGUGGCGGCCAUGGUAGAAAUCUCUUGAAAGGCCUUACAUCUGUAUUCAUGAUUCCUGUUAAUUCCAAUUAAUCCUGUAAUGGAGUACGCUGGAAUUCUUGAAGAAGAAAAUGUCUGGAUUUUAUACGCACAGGGUGAUACAGUGGAAAAGGACAUCAUCUUACAGCAAAAAUUCAGUGACUUUCACAUACGCCUGCUGGAAAAAAAAUUCAUUUGGAAACAUAAUGCCUCGAAGCAUAAAAGCUUAUUUAGAAAUUAAUUUCAGAAUGAACUGGCUUAAGAAGUGAACUGUAAUGGUGUAUACUAGAGAUUGAGAAAUUGUUUUGUUUUAGUGAGCUGAAAGAUUUGAUUUGUGUAUUUGUAGAGUUAAAAAUAUAGGAAGUCUCACUCAAAGACUGUCACAUAGAUAGUCCAUGGCCCUAUUUAGUAGUCAUUAAAAAGUAUGUUUUAUUUUUUUAGGGAAUAUAUAUGGGAUGGGAUAGUAAUUAACAUAGAUUUGAAAAUAUAAAAUUUGUAAUGAAAAGUUCACGGUCAACCCUUAAAUUGGGCCAGAAGGUUCCUAGCUCCUUGGGGACGUUAGUUUGAAGACUUAGUUGUGUGUCGGAGAUAAUAGAUUGUCUGAAGAAACAAUCAUUUAUGGUAAUAAGGAAAGCAUACAUGUGGUUACAUUGUGGUUUGUGGUUACAUAUUAAAUCAUUACAGCUAUAUGGUUCAUAUAUAUGAAUAGUGUGUGAAUAUUAACUUUUUGUCUUUCUUGAUAGAUUUCAUAUCUAUAUCAGUGACUUAAAGUGUCAUCAGUUAUUUGAUCCUGUCAGGAACGAUAAAAUGUUAUUCAAAGAAUCUGGAUGGAUUUCAAAAUCAAAGACACUAAAAGAAGAAGAAUCCUUACAGUUUAGAGAAUGCGCAAUAAAGAGGAUCAGUUUUAGCCUGUUGUUUAAUAUAGUUAUUUACUGAAUUUAUUCAAAUUUAUCACACUUUAUUUAAAACACAAAUAAAGCUUAUUCAACAUUUGCAUUAUUCAGAUGAAUGAAUAGAAAUAAAAAAAGAAUAAUUUGAGUAGGGUGAGGGGCCAGCUAACUGUGUGCCUGUUUGAGAGAACAGAUGGUGGUGAAAACCAUGUGUCCAUGUGACCAAGAUGGAAUGAAGAAUGAAGAAAUAAUAAUACAUUUAACAUCUCUGCCCCAAAGUGUUACAAAUAACCAUUAAUGUAAUUAUAAAAAUUUGAAUCCUUACACCUAAACAAAGUGUCAUCAUGCUUUAUAUAGAUGAAUACUAUACUUUUUAUGAACAAUAUAAAGCAGUCCGGAAUCAUGCAUUAACAAUCUACCACAAUCAUUCUCAAAAAACUGUAUAUGGGUCAGUAAAAAUUUUUUUAAAUAUUCUGAAAAAUGUUUUAUAUAGAAAAAAGUUGCAAAAUCAUUUAACAGUAUUUCUAAAUAAAGCUCUAUUCUGAAUAGUAUUCUUAGCUCAUUCAUACAGAAGGUUGCAACACCUGUACCAAAACAUAAAAUAAUAUUUAGCAUUUCACUGUAUUCAAAAUGUAUUCAGAAUAAAAAGGAUUGAUAAGAUCAAAAAAAAUACUUAAAAUUAAUUUAAAAGGACAUAAUGCAAUAAUAAUAAUCAAAUAAUUAUUAGUUCAUUAAUUUUAUGUAUGUAUGCCAACAUUUUACCUUAAUCUCACAUUUGAAACAAUUUUCUAAUUUAGAUUUUAGGUCAUGAAAAACAAAAAUGCUGACAUCCAAAAGUGUCGAUAUUAUAUUUUUAUUAUUAAAAGGUAGGAAUAAAGUGACAAGUUUAAUUUACUACAUUUAUGAAAAAAGAAAGAUGAAAAUACAGCCACAAACCAAAUGACAAAUUUGAAUAAACAAUUUUACAGUCGCCAUAACCCUACUUUUCAGCUUGUCAUACAGUCUCUUGCCUUAAUACUUCACAAAUCAGAAACAGAUGUAGAGCCAGUUCCAAUUUUUCUGCGUCAGCACUACUGGCCAUAAGCGUAUACUCACUGAAUUUCAGAUAAAAGAAAACGAGUAUUUCAGGUAUAGGAACAGCUUCAGACCUUUUACAGAAUGCUACACAUAAUAAAUCUAGUCUCCUCCCCUCAGAGAACUAUUGCCCUGACAUCUUUGUUGAAUGACUGCAAUGUGACUACAACAUUUGUAUAGCCAAAAGAAGACAUGAAAGAAAAAUGAAGAGAAAGGCAGAUAAGUACAUGGUCAAGUUUUUAUGACUUACAAAAGACAUCUACAAAAAUAUUUGUUUCCAUGAUUGCACAUCCCUGAAGACAUGCAACAAACACUUGCUGUCCUCUUAACAAAAUGACACAACAGCUUAUUUGGCCGGAAUGGUCCCCAAAUACACAGUAUGGAGGCGUUUCAUUUCCUGGUUUAGAUUUUUUUUGUAAAAUGCAAUGGCCCAUAUACUUUUGUGUUCAUAAUAGGACUUUUUUUUAUGAUGCACUACACCUGAUUCCACUCUUAGCUGGUACAAACAUAGUCUGACAAUUUCUGAACAAAGCAU